AUGCAUGGCAAGUACAACAGAUCAGAAUCACAGGAACAGACUGUUGACGUUUAUCGCUCUAGGUUCUAUGUCUUCACUGCCACCGGUGCAACUCAAUGGGAGUAUCCCGCUCCUCCUCCGAACCACCAAGCUCCGCCGACCGAUCAAACUUUCCACACUCCCCCUUCACAAGGAGCUGAUGUGCCAGCUCAAGAUGGUGAUCGCGGCCUGGGUAAAACUGCCCUUGCUGUAGGCGGGGGUCUUCUCGCUGCCUCAGCUCUCAAGCCGUUUGGUCAAAAGUUUGGCGCAAAAAUGGCAGGUUUCUUUGGAAACAAGCCGCAGCAGCAAUACUACUCGCAGUCGCCCACACCACAAACGCAAGUGCAUGUAUAUCCCGUUUACGUGCCAGGGGCACCAGGAGCGCCGCAGCCGUACCAUGGGCAGCCUCAAGGUAUGGCUCCAAAUCCAGGAUAUUAUCCCGCUGGAGACGCCGGAGGUAUGACCGCACCAUCGGGCGUGCCUCCUCCAAUGCCUGUGAAUGCCAAUGGUCCAAGUAACUUUACAGCUCAGAAUAUACCACCGCUGUAUAUAUACGGGGCUGUUUUUGCAGACCAGGACGUCACGCAGGCUGUUAGGAGUCUAAUCACUCCGCAACAAACGGUGACGCUGUCGGGGGAGUCGUUGGUCAAGCAAUUCGGAGAUCCUUGGCCCGAAGCAGAGAGGAAGAUGUUUAAUGUCUUGUACGCGUAUGGUGAUCGGCCGAUGGAGCUUAUUGCAGUUGACACAACCACUGCGAUUAUCGAAAUCAAGAACGAGGCUUUAUCGAAGAAGCGGAUGGAGUUCUGUCAACCUCCGCCAUCAAAGAUCAUUGCAUGUGUUUGGGGUAUGGAGAGUGUCUUGACCUUGUCGAGAUGCCAGCAGCUAGAAAAGGAUGGAGAGAUGGAAGGUUCAGAAGAGGAUCUCGGGAAAGGUGGUUUCUGGCAAUGGGAGCCAAGAACGCUCGUGUGUUAUUUCAGGACAGAUGAUGGGAGUGUUGGUAUCAAGUGCUGCAGAGAGGGCGGUACAAUGCGGCUUCCAUGGAACCCUCUUGCCAAAUGGUCAUAA